AUGCGGAGGCCGAUUCCAUCAGCUGAUCGCCUAACGAUAACGCUGCGAUACCUUGCGACGGGGGAAAGCCAGCACUCGCUUAGCCGCCAGUUCCGUGUGGGACAUAGCACAGUGAAUGGCAUUCUUUUUGACACUUGUCAGGCAAUUUAUGAUGAAAUGCAGAAAGAAUUUCUGCAAAUUCCACGAACGGAGGAGGAGUGGCUGUGUGUAAUAGACAGAUUCAACACUAUUUGGCAAUUUCCGGGCUGCAUAGGAGCCCUUGACGGAAAGCAUGUGGCGAUAACGAAGCCAGCGAAAUCUGGUUCCUUGUACUUCAACUAUAAGAAAUUCUUCAGCAUCGUUCUUUUUGCACUUGCUGAUGCACAGUACAAGUUUCUGUACAUCGACGUUGGUGCAGAGGGUUCGUCAAGUGACGGAGGUAUAUGGAUGACGACGCCACUGGCAUCUGCCAUUAGACAAGAAAAAGCACACCUUCCGGCAGGUGUGCCACUUCCAGGACAGCGUGAGCUACAUAUGCCUGCUGUCAUCAUAGCUGAUGACGCCUUCCCUUUGGGUGAACACCUUAUGAAACCCUACGGAGGGUCAAACCUGAGCGAUGAUAAAUGCAUCUUCAACUACAGGUAUACCAUCCCAGUGCAGAUGGCUGAAUUUGUGUGA